AUGUCAUUGAAUUAUCUCAGAAAAAUGAUUUCUAUGCUUACCAUACUACUGCUAAUUUUCACUUCAAUGCCAAGAGUUUACAUUCAUUGUAAAAAAUAUUUAUUUUAUGAUGUAUUCUAUGGAGAAGGUUUCAAUUUGAGACGUGAUGUUUAUAUACGUGUUGCUAAUACUUUACGUCUGCUGAGACAUCCAAAUCAAAUACCUGAAUAUGCCUUACAUAAUAUGAAUAUAAAAAAUUUAACUGGUGAUGAUUGGAUACUUGUUUUACCGCCAUGGGGUCCAUUACCUCAUUGGUUCAAUGAUAGACUCUAUGAUAAAUAUCCUAAUUAUAAUGCCUUUAAUUGGUCUGCAAUUCAAUGGUCAAAGUUUUUUGAUUUAAAAAGUCUUUCAAUGUUUAUACCAGUUAUGGAUUUAAUUGAAUUUCAACAGAAUAGUAAUAAUAAUAACAACUGA